CAUGAUCGACCUGUACGGUUCAAAUGGAAAUUUCACCCAAAACGGCACAUCCUACCUUGUCGCUGGUGCGGACUACAACUUCAGUUGCGUUGUUCCCAGCAUUCGCCCGGGCGCUGAGUUCAACUGGACGCUUGGUAGCCAGGAGAUCACAUCACACAUCAGCAACGAUUCGGUGGCAGCUGAUGGUUUGACGACGAGCACCAGCGUGGUCACCGUGACUGCUACUUGGACCAAACAUGGGCAGAUCUUGGAGUGCUCGGCUUCCAACUACGAUGACUUCAUUGGCGUCAGCGCUGGCUUAACCCUGGAUGUAAAAGUUCCACCAACAAGAUCGUCCAUGUCAAUUUACGAUGCCAAAGGCACCAGACUUGGUCAAACAGUUGACGUUGACCAAGGCGCAUCAUACAACUUCACCUGUGUGGUGCAAGGAACCAGGCCCGCUGCAACCAUCGAGUGGUUCCUCGAUGACGUUUUGCACCUGACGGCCAGUCCGCCCUCCGGGAUCGGCGAUGGUUUGGUGGAGACCACAGACACCCUUGCUUUCACGCCCAACCGAUCAAUGCACGGUCAACGGGUGAUGUGCAAGGCAAGUACGCCCGAGUCGCAGGACCCUUUUCCGUCUGUGGUCACGGAACUGAAUGUCAACGUUCUACCUGCAGAGAUAUCCCUGUACGCACUGUCCGAGAACCUAUCCUUCACCAGAAACGACACUUUGUACGUUAUCGCGGGAGUAGAAGGCGAGUUUACUUGCGAGGUACCUAACAUCGAUCCCGGGGCAUCGUUUACUUGGUACCUGGGGAGUCAGACCUUUGCGCCAAAUGUGAGCACGGAUGCCUUGGGCCCUGAUGGACUCCUAACCAGUACGAGUAAGUUCACACUUUCCCCUACAUGGAGCAACCAAGAAGAAUUUCUUCGAUGUCAUGCUUCCAACAAGGUUGGAUAUCCUGGGCUUAGUGUCAGCGUAAUGCUUGAUGUCAAAGUGCCUCCGCGGGAAUCUUCCUUGUCACUAGUUGAUUCGGAUGGACUCCGACUAGGAAGUGUAGUAGAUGUUGUAGAGGGCAAUCCUAAAACCUUGACUUGCAUGGUUCAGGGUACCCGACCGGCUGCAAGUGUCCAGUGGUUCCUAGCGGAUGUUCUGCAGAGCGUCGUCCACCCGUCCGUGGACCAAGUCGAAGGGCUUUUCAAUGUUACAAGCAACUGGACCAUUACCCCUAACAAAGUUCAUCACCAACAGAUUGUGACGUGUUCGGCAAGAACAGCAGAGUCGCAGGAACCAUUCCCCUCGGUGUCGGUCUCCCUCAAUGUCAGUGUAUUUCCAACCGAGGUUAUCCUACUAGAUUCAACUGGUAACUUCACCUCUAAUGAUACCGUUUAUUUGGUCGAUGGAGUGGAUUAUCCGUUCAUCUGCGCGGUACCUGACAUCAACCCAGGAGCGUGGUUCACGUGGACACUGGGUAACCAGAGGCUAUCGUCUAGUAGCAAUGACACCACAGGCACCAGUGGUUUGCUCACCAGUACAAGUCAGGUCUUUAUUACGCCCUCAUGGGACAACCAAGGGAUGAUCUUACAAUGUCGAGCCACCAACAGAGAAAGCUAUGUAGGUAUCAGCAUGGACAUAUGGCUGGAUAUCAAGGUCCCACCAGAUUCUUCGUCGAUACUGCUAUACAACGAAAGUAGAACACCUAUAGGGACUACACUUAUUGUUGACCAGGGAUCAGCUUACAACAUCCGAUGCGAAGUGCAGGGAACCAGACCAGCUGCAAUCAUCCAAUGGUUCUUGAACGGCACUCUACAGCGAACAGCCUACCCGCGUUUCAAAGGGGACGACGGACUGGUCAACACCUCUGACACGUGGUGGUUCAGGCCCACGAGAGCCAAUCACCGCCACGAGGUGAAGUGCGUGGCAAGCACACCCGAGUCUAAAGAACCUUUGCCCUCAAAGGCACUGACACUAGAGGUCAAUGGUCCACCAGAUACCCCCGUGAUCAUGGGUGAUACGACAAUGACCGAAGCUGUAGCAAGCACGCUGACGUGUUUUGCCGACCAAGGGUUUCCCGACAAAUGGACCCUGCACUGGUCCUACGGCGAUCUAAACGACAUUGCCAAUCUCACGACUACGCCGUCAGGCUCAGGAAGUCGCUUCCUGUUCAACAGCUCUUUCACUGUCACCCCGACGAGAGAAGACAACGGAAAGACCGUCACCUGCUCAGCACGGGAGGACUCGUGGGUUGUUCGUCCAACCACAACAUUCGGACCACUUAAUGUCAAGUUUUGUCCGAGACAGGUGAGCAUCACCAACUGUCCGAUUAAGGCCAUACCGGGCACCAUCCAAUCCUUCAACUGCGUGUCUGAGAGCAGCAACCCGCUGACCAAUCUGACGUGGUUUAGGGACGGAGUGCCUCUGACCAACCCGGCCCCACCUGUGCUCAGCGACGGAGAGCACCUGGGUCAUGUCACCGUGGAGGACUUCGCAACCGGUGUGCUGAUCAAGGAGGACAAUGGAGCUCUGUUCACGUGCUGCGCUGGUCAGACGACUAGCUGCACUGCGGAGGUGUGCGACAGCUGUACAUUGAAUGUUGAAUAUCGACCAUUUUUCUCCGACCCUACCACGAGCACACCCAGCCCGGUCAGAGAGGGUGAUGACGUCGUCCUUUCUUGCAGUGCAGACGCUAAUCCUCUGCCCCCUGGCUUCAUCACUUGGCAGAAGGUCGGGUCUCCCACCUCCUUAUCCUCUGUCUACAGUGCUGCUACAAGCAUCCUGACACUACGCAGUGUCAGCAGGGAGCAGGCUGGGCCGUACAGGUGCCGUGGGGACAACGGUGUGCCGCCCGUGGUGUUUUCAAAUGCAAUCAACGUAUCAGUCUAUUAUGGAGUAAACAUUACAAAUAAGGCUGAUAACUAUGUUGGAGCUGCGGCCAGGGAGGUCGCUGUUUUGGUUUGCCAAGCGGAGGGCAACCCACUACCCUUAACUGCCUGGCUGGGCCCGACAAACGAGGAGAUCACCAACCAGACGGAGCCAGGCAGACUGUUCCGGGAGAAUACCAUCACUGGAGGAGAUGACGUGUACGGGUAUGACGUUACCAGCAUCUUGGAGAUUCACCUAGUGACGGAAAGAGACUACGGGCUUUACUCCUGCUACGGUGGUAAUGGCGUAGGACGCGUGGAUGUGCUGCACGUUCUUCUAAGUAACAAAGGUGAACCGUCACCACCCCUCAGCUUGGCUGUGGAUGAGGAUCGCAGCACCGCUAAUUCGGUAACAAUAACAUGGAGCCCUGGGUACGACGGCGGGUCGGCUCAGUGGUUUCGCGUCAUCUGCCGGGAUCUUGAGUCCGAUGAUCUGUUCGACCCAGGCAGGCGAAGCGACAGAAUCCAAGGUUCCUAUGAGUACACCCUGGUGGGCUUGCUUCCCUAUGUUGUGUACGAGGUUCAGGUGUACGCUGAGAAUCCCUACGGUGCUAGUGAAGCCGUGAAGAAGAUUGUCCGGACGUUGCACAGCCCCGAGUUUUCUGAGCCCAUGUUCAUCACGAUGAAUCCCGUGGCGGAGGGUGAUGACAUCAUCCUUUCCUGCAGCGCAGACGCCAAUCCCAGGCCUCCAGGCUUCAUCACGUGGGAGAGGAUCGGAUCCCCUGACCCUUUACCCUCUGUCUAUAGCGAUGGUACAAGCACGAUGACACUUCGCAACAUCAGGAGAGAGCAGGCUGGUCCGUACAGGUGCCGAGGGAACAAUGGGGUACCCCCGGUUGUCUACUCAAGCUCUGUUGUGGUCAUUGUACACUAUGGGGUCAUCACCACAUGCUUGGCCAAUGGCUACGUCGAAGCCAAUGACGGUGAAAACGCUGCUCUGACCUGCACAGCCACCGGCAACCCUUACCCAUUGGUUACUUGGUUGGAUCCAACCCGCACCAAGAUAACCAAUGAGACCGAACCACAGAGAAUAUUUCAGGUAGAAACCAUUACAGGCGGUGAUGUCGUCCACGGUUUCACGAUAACCAGCAUCUUGAGCAUAAGAAACGUGACUGGUGCUGUCGACUACGGCCUUUACGUCUGCAGUUGUGGAAAUGGUGUUGGUAUGGUGGACGCAAUGACCAUUUUGUUGACACCUAGAGUUCUGCCAUCGGCACCAACAAACGUGACAAUUUUCGAGGAGGAAAACACGGCAUCAUCUAUCACGGUAUCGUGGAAUUCUGGAAACGAGGUUGGAAACAACCUCUGGUUCCACGUCAAUUAUCGCCUGCUUGAAACGACAGACGAUUUCGAUCCCAGCAAUCGUACCGACAGACUCUUUGAUGUCACUUCGUUCACGAUGGAGGGUCUACAGCCUUACUCUCUCUACGAAGUUGAAGUGUACGCAGAAAGUGUCAAUGGGCGAAGUGAAGCCGUUACAGUGAUUGGCACCACUGCAAUGUGUACCCGAAUGGUCAGCAUAAAAGGCUGCCCACACAGAGUAGUAUCUAGCGCCAUCGUCUCCCUGAGAUGUGUUGCCGAGAGUACAAGCCCGGCGACCAAUCUGACUUGGCUGAGAGACAACGUACCUCAAAGUACUCUAAUUCAGCCAGUGGUAACCGACGGCGAUUACGGUGGCCGAGUGACAGCGCAGGACAUCACAACUGGUGCAUUGACGAAGGCGGACCAUGGAACUGAGUUCAAGUGUUGUGCCGUUAGACCGUCAGUCUGUGCCGUUGACGCAUGCGACAAGUGUUCCUUGAAUGUUGAGUUUCGUCCUGCCUUUUACGAGACCUUGGUCCUCACUGGCGAUCCUGUCGAGGAGGGUGAUGACGUCAUCCUCUCCUGCAGCGCAGACGCCAAUCCCAUGCCACAGGAUUUCAUCACGUGGGAGAAGGUUGGGUCUCCUGACUCCCUGCCUUCCGUCUACCGGGAUGGUGCAAGCUUCCUGACACUGAGCAGCAUCAGCAGGGACCAGGCUGGGUCCUAUAGGUGCCAAGGAAACAACGGCAUCCCACCUAUUGUCUACUCAAGCUCUGUUGACGUCAUCGUACAGUUUGGAGUUACUAUAAUAAGCCAGGACGACGUUUAUGUCGAAGCCAACGUCGGGGAGAGUGCUGUUCUGAUUUGCUCAGCGAAAAGCAACCCCAAACCGAUAAUGACUUGGUUGAGUCCGGCGGGCACCAGGAUAACGAAUCAGACUGAUGCUGGGAGGAUUGUCCUGGUCGACACCAUUCCUAGCAGGGGAGGUCUGGAUGGAUACGUAGUAACGAGUGCCCUGCAGAUCAACAAUGUGACUGGGCCUGAAGACUAUGGUUUCUACGUGUGCGGAAGUGGAAACGGCAUCGGACUGGUCGACACUUUGAACAUCAUGUUAAAUAACAGAGUUGAGCCAGAGCCUCCUCAUUCUUUCUUCGUUGACGAGACCCGUACCACGGCUAAUUCCCUAACCGUGACCUGGAUCCCAGCGGAGAGGGUGUUUGGCCCAACACAGUGGUUCUACGUCAACUACCGAGAGUUGUCGUCUGCCUAUUACUACGACUCCGCCACAGAGAGCAUUAAGUUGUACGACGCCAUAGAGUACACGCUGGUUGGUCUUCGUCCCGACACCGCGUACGAGGUUGAGGUGUACGCAGAGAACGCAAAUGGGGCGAGUGACACGGUGAAAACAGUGGGCAACACCUUGCCCGAGGAGAAAGAAACAACUUCCAGUCUGUACACUGAAAACGCAAUUGGAGCGAGUGACGUCACCAGAACAACCACAACGACUCUGCGAAUCAGCGGUACAACGCCAGUGCAGCUUGCUGAAAAAACAAACAGCGCGAGUGAUCUCCUGGAAUCGACUACCACAACAUUCUCUGACCCCGAACAUCAUACUGCUGCCUUUGGUGAACAGGUAGCGGAACGCAGGUCGGAUACUGAUGUCAAGUCCCAAGAAUCUACACUUGUUACUGUUAUCAUCGUCAUUGCAAUAGUGGCUUUCUUCUGUCUUGUGAUUAUUGUCAGCGGAUUCCUGUACCACCGGAGAUCAAUGAAAAAAUACAAGCAAGGUGAUGCACCAGUCCACACUACUUGCCACUGUUUGACCUUUACAACGAAAUUACACGAAUUACAUAAUGUAUUAUGUAAUACAUCUGACACACUUAUAAGGCAGGCCCAUUGACGUCCACAACAUGCAUGGAAGAGAGUUCGAAGCCUCAAUGCUGCAGAUUUCUGCAGGAAGUGAUUUGAUAAUCUUUCAAAAGUAUCGUUUUCUAAACGAAAACAAACGCCCUAUAUAGUCCUGUGAGAUUCACUUAGUACAGUAAUUUUUGUUCUACUCUCUCCUGUUCCUAAUCAAUGAAAGCGGAAUCUAAGAUCAUUUUCGAGGUAUUUCAUUGAUAUUUUGAAGGCAGUCACUAGUGGUAUGUUUUGGUUUUGAACAGAUAUUUUAGAAUUAUAUAUCCGAUUGGAUUCUUCGGCUUCGCUACACCAGUCCGCUGUUUGCGAAAGCUCUUCGCCAUACCAGAUUAUUGGCACGGGCUAGACCAUACUAGUCUGCACUCCUCAACCAUAGUAUUGCUAGGACAUUUGGAAGGAGUUGGGCCCGUGUCUAAAUAGAUGUUCGUUAAGCUGUGGUUAAAAGUUAUCGACAGCCCCAAAAUAAAUGCUUACCUUUUGUGAUUUGAUAUUGUUGUUGAAAUAGGAAAUCGGAGAGGUAAUAGGUGAUUCAUAAAAUAUCUAGCUGCCAUUAGGCGUCUGAAUGCAAAGAAAAUACAGUAAUGGAAACAAGAUAUUACUUUUUCUCAUCUCACUCAGAAUGCACA